AUGGGGAAGAAGAAGAAGAGAGGAGCUGUAGAUAAGAUGUGGUGCUACUACUGCGAUCGGGAAUUUGAAGACGAGAAGAUAUUGGUGCAGCAUCAGAAGGCCAAGCACUUCAAGUGCCAUGUCUGCCACAAGAAGCUGUCCACCGCCGGCGGCAUGGCCAUCCAUGUCCUUCAGGUCCACAAGGAACAAGUCUCCAAGGUUCCAAAUGCAAAACCUGGAAGAGAAUCGACUGAGAUUGAGAUUUAUGGAAUGCAAGGGAUUCCACCCGAUGCCUUGGCUGCUCAUUAUGGAGAAGAAGAAGAAGAUACUCCGUCAAAAGCUGCUAAAGUUGAUAUUUCUUCCACCCAACUUGUUGGUAGUUCAUUACCUGGAUCAGUUGGGUUUCCUCCUCAGCCAACUUUGGGAUCAAUGCCCCAUGUUUAUAAUCCCAGGCUUCCUGUGCCUCAAAUGGGUUGGCAGGUUCCACCUCGCCCACUACCCUUUUAUCCUCAACAUCUGGCUCUUUCGGCUGCACAAGUGGGAUUGCCUCAACAGCCUCUUUUUCCUGUGCAUAAUACACAUCUGCCAGUUCCAUCGGGAACGCCUGCUUUGAUCCGACCAUUAACAAUCACUCCUCCAGGGAUGCCUGUGCUUACACCUCCUGUUCCAGUUUCUCAGCCUUUAUUUCCUGUGGUUCCUAACAAUAUUAAUCCUCCUCAAAGCUCGCCAUUUUCUGCUGCUAGCGUACUUGGUGGAUCCUCUGCAGAAAUGAAGAGUUCAGAACCUCAUAUUGCAGGCAGUUUGCCUGCCAACAGCUAUCAGUAUGGAAUUCCAGGAGCCGUUACUCCAAUGAGUUCUCAUUCUUAUGCGUCCGGCCCAAAUACCGAUGGCCCUUCUAUCGGGCCACCUCCAGUUAUUGCAAACAAAGUUCCUGCUACUCAGCUUGCUACUAAUGAGGUGUACUUGGUGUGGGAUGAUGAGGCUAUGUCCAUGGAGGAAAGAAGAAUGUCCUUGUUGAAGUAUCAGGUGCAUGAUGAGAAUAGCCAGAUGAGCUCAAUUGAUGCAGCAAUUGACAGAAGGAUAUCUGAGAGCAGGCUUGCUGGCCGCAUGGCUUUUUGA